UAUUUAUUCAACAAAAAAAUAUGUCCAACAAUUAUAAAGGAUUUUAAAACAAUUAAAAAGGAAAAAAUUAAUGGCAUGCACGAUUGGAGGCUAUACACACUAUAAAGAGGAUGAACGAUUUUAGAGUUGAGAUUGAAAGAGUGAAAAAACACAAACUAUGAAGAUUAAGACAGGAAGACAGGAGCAAUCGGGAAACAAGGGAGAACAUGAUGAUGAACCGCUUACUCCGACGGCGCGUUUGUUUACCGCGCCGGAGUUCAAUUGCUACAUCACUGCGGUGAUUGGUUUGAAGAGCAAGAUCAAUCGAGAUGUGUUUAUCGAAGGAUUAGAGCAAACUUUGCUUAAACAUCCACGUUUCUCCAGCAUAUUGGUGAACGAUAGACAAGAACAAAAAUGGGUUCGAACGAAGGUGGUGGCCGAGAAUCACGUCAUCAUUCCCAAAAUCGAACUAGAGAACACAAACUCAGACGCUUUUCUGGAGAGUUACGUCUCUGACCUCACUACAAUCCCGUUGGAUACCUCGAAGCCAUUAUGGGAGGUUCACUUACUUGACUUAAUAACAUCAGACGCUCAAAAUGUCAUCGUUUUAAAGAUUCAUCACUCGGUCGGUGAUGGUAUGUCUCUAAUGUCUCUAGUCCACGCUUGCACACGUAAAACAUCAAACCAUGAUGAGCUCCCGAGUUUACCGAACGAGAACCGGCAGUCAUCAAAAUCAGUUGCCGGUUCAAGUGGUUUUCCCCGGUUAAUAUGGAUGGUUAUGUUGGUUUGGAAUACGCUUUGUGAUGCUUUGAAGUUUAUUGCUACAACAAUGUUUCUUAAGGACACUGACACACCCAUCAAAGGCGAUUUCCGAUUAAAUAACAGUAAGCGGAUGUGUUUGGUUCAUCGUACCGUAAAUCUUGAAGACAUUAAGCUCAUCAAGAACGCCAUGAAGAUGACCGUCAACGAUGUUCUACUUGGAGUAGCUCAAGCUGCUCUCUCGAAGUAUUUAGAAAGAAGAUACGGAGAGAAGGAGAAGAAAGCAGGAGAACACGAAUCUAGAAGGAAUUCAAGUAAUAUGCUUAAAGAAAUAAGACUAAGGGCAUGUCUGCUUGUAAACAUAAGACCUACUACUGGAGUUCAGGAUCUAGCUAAUAUGAUGGCUAAAGGAUCUAAGUGUAAAUGGGGAAACUGGAUUGGCUAUAUGCUCUUUCCAUUCUCUCUUGCAUUACACGAUGACCCGUUGGAACAUCUCCGAAGAGUCAAGUCGAUCAUUAACAGGAAGAAGAACUCGUUAGAAGCUUUGCUAACCUUCACCUCUACUAAAAUCCUAAUAAAAUUGCUUGGAGUUGUGAGGGCGGCUAGUUUAACAAGCAGAACAAUAUCAAACACAACGAUGUCGUUUUCAAACUUGGUUGGUCCUAGUGAAGAAGUUAGCUUAUUUGGGCAUCCCAUCACCUACAUAGCCCCGAGUGCUAAUGGACACCCCCACGCGUUAACCAUGCAUUUUCAAAGUUAUAUGAACAAGAUGACUAUUUCUUUAACCGUGGAUCCAACGGCCAUUUGUGAUCCUCAUCAGCUAUGUGACGAUUUAGAGGAAUCUCUAAGAAGCAUCAAAGCUGCUGUCCAGGAAAGAAGUGCUACUCAGUAGUUUGAAAUAUUUUCUUCUGAUUCAAGAAAUAAUAAUCAAAACUUGAAAUGAGACAAAGAAACUAUUAGAAAAUAAUGAAGACUAUAAAGGGUGUUUAAUUGUGAUUGAAUUGAUUCCAAAAAUAAAGGAUCUUUGAUUCUUAAGAAAGUUCUAUUUGGCUUCGUCAACUUUGUUUUUGGCCUUUUGUUCAGAACUUCUGCUAGAGAAUGGUAACUGGUUUGUAUAAUAAUUAAUUUGGCUUCGUCAACUUUGGUUAUUCCUGGGCAUAAUUAAGAAAGGUUCUUUGAUUCUUAAGAAAGUUCUAUUGGCUUCGUCAACUUUGAUUAUUUCUCUCGAGAUAAUGAUGGUUCGUAUAAUACUUCAUCUCGACAAUAUUUGAGUCAAGAUUCAGUUCGGUGGGACCGCUAGACCAUUCGGGCCAUGACGGUUUAGAAUCUAUCGAGCCUCUUUUGAUGAGUCGGAUCGUUUUUGGUUCGGUUGGGCAGGAUAUCUUGAUCAAUGAUGAUGAAGGUGAUUGUAUUUUUUUCUUUCAUCUGUUUAGCUAACUUGAGG